AUGAAUCAUCGCUUAUCGUCCUUAGCGGUCUCUCGCAUCUUGACAGCUCAGCACGCGCCUCUUCAGUCACGAAUUCCAUCAAGACUGCUCCCACGCCCUGGAUCUACGGCACAGACAUCUCAGUUGCGGAGCUUUGGAAUAACAGCUCGUUUACAGGUGAAGCUUCCGAGUAGAGAUGCUGGAAAUUACGACGACUCGAAUGCGCGUCCGGCAUCACAGCUGAACAACAACAUCACACAAGAGGAGAAGGACGACUUUGCGCGUAAGCUACAGGAGGACAAGGGCAAGCAAAUACGUACACCAUGGCAUAGAGACGGUAGCGAUGUACCGCCUGUGGCUAGGCAACGCAGUGCGGGAGCUAUGACAAAGGGCAAGCUGCUCACAACACCCUCACGAAUGCUUAAGAUCAUCCUUCCUCUCACAACCAAGGAUACAAAUUCAGACCGCAAAGAUAUCGAACCUCUCGCCCUGCUAGUCCACCCGCAACAGCCUAUCUCGUAUCUUGAGCGUCUUAUUCAAGCUGAAUUGCCCACAAUCAAGGAUAAAGAUGGCAAGGAACGUAUACCGAGCGUGUAUUUUCGCGCCGAGGACAGUAUGCAAGACUCGAUGCAAAAUUCCGAAGCCAGCGAGACCAUUGUGAGCGAAGAUAGCGAGCCUGACGAGAGUGGGGAAGACUUUGAGCAGGUGGACGAGCACCGCAUAGACGGCAAGACAGUCAAAACAGGCAAGAUCAGGUCAUCUAGCAGCGAAGAAACGGGUGCAGCAAGUGAUCGUAAGACUCCAGAUGAAGCCGCGGAACUGCGAGGCGGCCAUGGCAAGGGUGGUGUCGAAUCAUACUCUGGUCUCGGCCAAGACGCUCCCAGCGACAAGAUCUCGAGCCGCAAGUUCGUACGCUGGUCUAGCAGCACGGAGAUUGGCGACUUCAUCCGCGACGCGGCUCGCGGGCAGGAAUUUGCUAUCGAGAUCGAAGGCGCGCCAGAGGAGAUCCGCGUCGGUGUCCCUUCGUUCAAUGACCGCACAUACUACUUACGCAUGCGUCUGAGAAAGACGGCUAAGCACAUCAGCGAGAUGGCCGACAUCAAGGAGUACUGCGACAAGCUCGCCCAUAAAGCCGCGCAAAAUGUUGCAGUCGCUGGAUUUGCAGGUAUCGUAGGAUGGUGGGGCGUAGUUUACUACCUGACAUUUCAGACGGAACUUGGCUGGGACGUCAUGGAGCCCGUCACCUACCUCGUCGGUCUCUCUACUCUUAUCGGUGGUUACGUCUGGUUCCUUUACCACAACCGCGAAGUCUCAUAUCGCAGCGCCAUGAACUUUACCAUCUCGCGCCGCCAAUCCAAGCUCUAUAACCAACACAAUUUCGACCUGCGAAAAUGGGAGGUACACAUCGAAGACGGCAACGCUUUGAGGAAGGAAAUCAAGGCCAUCGCGAACGAGUACGAUGUCGAGUGGGAUGAAAUGAAGGAAGAGAAGGAUGAGAAAGUAGCUGAGGCACUUCGAAAGGAUCGCAAGAAGAAGCAAGGUAAGAAAGAUAAGGACGACGAUGAACCAAAGGCAGAGAAAUCGGAAGCGAAGAAGGAGUGAUGAUAGAAUUUAGAGCCAUCUUGGGGUGACAACGGCUCACUUAUACAUUGCCUGGCAUUAGCGUGGCGUUGAGGAUAGGCAUCAAUCAGCAUUUUCAUUUGUACAAGUCAUUCAUGCACGGCCUCCCGGUUAUACCAUCUUGUCGACAGUAGAUACUAUAGAACUUGUUUCUGAAGUGUCCUUCUGUUCUUUUACACCUCGGCUGUUCUUCUCUAUUCUAUGUGACCAGAAGCGAGGACAUGAUAGCCCCGGCGAACUGGAAGUCGAG